GGCGAGGACGUGUCAACAGGCAGACAGUGUGGACAUGUCUGACAUGUUGGUGUGGACGCCCAGCAGUAAUGUCCACAAUCAAUUGGAUGAAUACAUCACCAUCGCUAAAGACAAACACGGAUACAACAUGGAACAGGCCCUGGGUAUGUUGUUUUGGCACCAGCACAACGUGGAGAAGUCCUUGGCCGACCUUCCAAACUUCACCCCCUUCCCUGACGAGUGGAGCGUGGAGGACCGGGUUCUGUUCGAGCAGGCCUUCAGCUUCCAUGGGAAGAGCUUCCGCCGCAUCCAGCAGAUGCUCCCUGACAAGUCCAUGGCCAGCCUGGUGCGCUUCUACUACUCGUGGAAGAAGAGCCGCACCAGGACCAGUGUGAUGGACCGACACCACCGCAGAGUCAAGCGGGAUAAAGACGACAGUGAUGACGAGAGUCGUGGAAACGCUGCCAGUGAUUUGGAGUCCACUCACAUCAAAGACGCCCCCAAGGAGUUGACUUCUGGGACCUGUGACAAGUCAGAGGUGAAAACUGCUGUUGGACUCAAAUCAGCAGGCGUCAGAGCGUCCCACAGGGCCAAGAAACGUCCACCCAGAGGAAUGUUUCUGAAGCAGGAUGACGUGGCUUCACUGUCCUCUUCCACGUGUGCUCAUGGCGUCCUGCGACACCUUGAUGCUCAGCUCAUGACUGUCAAGAGACAGGUUCAGAGCAUGAAACAGGCCAACAGUAUUCUGAAGGAGAAGCUGGACUGUGGAGUGGAUAAGUUCAGACAAGCUGAGGUGAGCUGGAAGGUAAACAGUCGCUGGAGUACAGAGGAGCAACUGUUGGCAGUUCAAGCCAUCAGGAAAUAUGGGCGGGACUUCCAGGCCAUCUCUGAUGUGAUUGGUAACAAGUCGGUGGUCCAGGUGAAGAACUUCCUGGUCAACUACAGACGCAGGUUCAACCUGGAUGAGGUUCUUCACGAGUGGGAGAAGGAGAACGGCGUGGAGGGCGGCGUCAGUCUCGACGGCGACAAAAUGGAGACGGGACUUGAUGAUGAUGACGUGUCCAUCGGUAAGAUACCGGAAUCUUCUACUUACCUUUUUUUUUUUUUACCUGAAAUAUUAUUACAUAUCAUAUAGUAGAUGUUGUGAUAG